GUUGAUAUUGAUGUAAAAUAAUGUCAUUGACUCUUACGAAAGACGUUUCGUAAUAAUGUGACCGGCGAAGAACAUUACUGAAAAAACUAUAACCUCGCGUCCUUCAUUUGAAUCAUGUCGUUUUCGAGAAGAACAAGUGUGAGGGUCUUCAAUUGUGUACGAAAAUUAACAUAUGGAGGGUGCUGUUGUAGGGGAAGUAAUGCAAGAUACAUUCAUCAUUCUUCUACCUUAUUGGCAGAGGACAAAAUCAUUGAAGAACCGAUUAAGUUUUCAACAAGUAAAGCUGCAAAUGUGACUCCUUCAUUCAUCAAAGAAGGAAACGAUGAUCCACCACCAGCAGCUCAACCACUUAUUGUUGCCGUCAGUUUGGCUGCCUUUUUAAUUUAUUUUGGUAUUUUAAGAGAAGAAAACGAUCUUGAUGAACAAAUGGGCAUGACUUUAUAUGAAAGAGUUGAAGGAUUGGAAGAACAGCAUUUAGAAAAUUAUAUUGAACAUUGUAAUAAAAAAAAAUUGCCAUCAGAAAAGUAUGUGAAAAGACUAGAAAUGCUACAUAAAGAAAAAGAAGCAAGAAAGCAAAAAAAUAACGCUAGCGGACAAGAUUAACACAGUUAUAUUUACUUGUCUGCUUGUUUUGGUAUGAACAGUUUUGUCCAUUUUGAGUAUUAACACUUGCCAAAUAUGAUUAUUUACUUUAGUGUCAUGAAUAGUCAUCAUGUUUACCAAUUAUGUUAAUAUACUUAUACAUCUUCCCUAUCCAAGGGUUAAGGACAGAAGGUGAUUGUAACCCCUGGCA